GUCUUCUCACUCCUCCGCCUCACCCGCCCCGGGGACGGGGAGCAAAGGCAGAGCCCAGCCCAGGCCGAAGUUGGAGAGGCGCGCCUCCAACGAGACAGGGCAGCUGCCUUCCACGCAGGGCUGUGUGGUUGAAUGAAGGGGGCCUUUUGAGCAUGCACAGAGCGCUGUCUCCCGCGCCACAGAGGAGCCUCGCCCUUCCCGCCACAGCGAGGACGUCUGAGCGCAGUCAAACAGCUCUGAAUAUGGUAAAAUGGGCAGCGCUUCCUACUGCCUUGGGAUCUGCAACGAUUAGUGUCUAUGCUGCAACUGAAGACAACCCCAAAUCCCAUCGGGUUAAGGCACAUCAGCUUCCUAUUUAUAAUGCCCCACCUCUGGAAUCAAGGUAUAUUGAUGAAAAGCCUGGCCGCUUGCAGAGUGGGAUUUCGUCAGUAAGAGAGACAACUAGUUACUACAUUAAUGGGUGCAAGGAUGCUUACCUGUUUGUCAAAAAUGGGAUGAUAUCUACUAUACAGUUUGGGAAAGAUGCAUAUGUUUAUCUGAAGAAUCCACCUCCAGAAUUUCUCCCAAAAGUUGGUGUCAUUACAAUUUCUGGACUGACUGGGCUUGUCCUUGCAAGGAAAGGGUCCAGGUUUAAGAAAAUUGCCUAUCCCUUGGGACUCUGCACAUUGGGUGUUUCUCUUUGCUACCCUGUUCAGUCAGUAGUUAUUGCAAAGGUGACAGGUAAGAAGGUUUAUGCCGCGAGCCGUACAACCUAUGAAGCGAUAGCAUCACUAUGGACAAAAAGACCCACUGCAGAAGUACCACUUGUUCAGGAUAAAAUUACCAAGAAUGUUUCAAAAACUGACCAUAACAUUUCAGAAGCUCAUAUAGUAGCUGCUGAAUUAGAAGAAGAGGUAAAAGCCUUGGAGAUGCACUUUCAUUCAGGGAAGACUCUUGCCCAGGCAGAUUCUACACCUUUGAUAGCUGAAGUGAAAGUGCCCAGUGUCGUAACAGAUAUGUUGAAGACCCCAAAGUUUAAUCCUGACCCCGACCUGAUGGAUCAUGGCCAGUCAAACCCAGAAGAUGUAGAUAUGUACAGUACUAGAAGCUAACAUACCAGACCCCUAAAUCUUCAGGAUAUGAUAAUGAAGGACAUUAAAUUGGAAGAGUUCAGCAAUUUUCAGUUGUGCUCUCUGUGAUGGUAUUUGAUCAGGUAUUUUCUUAACUGUCUCUGUAAAACCAGUUGACUCAUCCCUUUCCACUAUGUAGCUUUUGUACUUCUUAUUGUCAUUUAAAGUAUUCUCUAAUCUUUUGAAACAUAAUUGGCCUCAUACAGAGGUUUGGAGAACUAGAUGGCUCUGUAGAUAUCGGAGUGUUUCAGAUGGAUUGUCAUUGUCCCACUGAUGGCAAAUGUAAGUCAUUUGGAAAGUAGAUUUCUAUGCUGUUGCUGUUCAGAUGAUGAAGUGAUACUAAAAGAGAGGCAUUGAAAAAUGUUUUAUUUUCCUUUAAAAAAAAUUAUUUCUGAUCAUAGGAACAUAGGGAGCUGCCUUAAACCGAGUCAGACCAUUGGUUCAUCUAUCUCAGUAUUGUCUACACAGACUGGCAGGAGCUUCUCCAAGGCUGCAGGCAGGAGUCUCUCCCUCUGCCCUUUCUUGGAGAUGCCAGGGAGGGAACUUGGAACCUUCUGCAUGCAACCAUGCAGCUGAUCUUCCCAGAGUGGCCCCAUCCCCCAAGGGGAGUAUAUAGUGCUCACACAUAUAGUCUCCCACUCAAAUGCAAACCAGGGUGGACUUUGCUUCGCAAAGGAAGCAAUUUAUGUUUGCUACCACAAGACCAGCUCUCCUCUCUUUGUGGUACACAAACUUAUUACUAUGCUGACUUUUAACAUCUUGCUAACACUCAGAACUGAAGAAGACUUAAUAAGGAUAGUAUCAAUCAAUCAGUUUAUUUGUUUAGCCAUAGCCAUCACAAAGAUGAUUGACUAAAAAAAAAUUUAAAACAGUGACAUAAUUUUUUUUAAUUGCCAGACACUCAAAAAUUGACUCAGAAUAAUUCAGAACAGUUACAAAUUGUAUCAACUUGCUACGUAUUUUGAUGGCAGAACCGAAAAAGCUGGCUACUUUUCUUGAAACAAAGGUCCUAAUUAAAAAAUUUCAUAGAACACCAAAUCUCUCCCAGGAUAAACCAUAAGCAAUGACCAAAUAAAUACACCACAUAACUCAUUGUAGAAAUUACAGCAAGAAAACAAAUGGAUCCAAUUUUCCACGUGUCCUGACCUACAUGGAUACAGAUGUCCUGCAACAAGAAUUCCAGCCAAACAAGGGAGGGUAGUAGUCUAGAUAAUAGAUCAUAAUUACCUAACAAAUUAUGUAAAGCCUUUAAAAUGGCAUUUUCCAGAUUGCUUGUCAUCUUUGAGGCUUGAAUACAAAGGCGAUGUUGCACAUUA